CUGCUUCUUCCCAUUUCUUUGUACUUUUUUCUUUUUUUUUUUUCCAGCAUGACGUCCAACACAGGUGAAUCUCAACUUUUUAUCAACUAUCAACAGGAGUUUCAAACACUUCAUCAAUCAAUACAAAAUAAACUUGAUCAACAAAUACCUAAUCAAACAGGAGAUGAACGGAAAAAUACAAUUAGUGCUGCUGAACGAGAACUAGAUGAAGCGGAUGAAAUUUUAGGACAACUAGAUAUGGAAUUAUUAAAUAUACCUACACCUUCACGUACUCGUCUUCAAGCUCAAUUACGACUUGGAAAAGCAGACCAUGAAAAAUUAAAGCGAGAUUUGAGACGGUUAACUGCUAGUAAGACCAAUUAUCAACGACAAGAAUUGCUCGGCGAUUUGGAAAGUCAACAUCAAGCAGAAGACUAUGAUGCAGCAUCUAUGGAUCAACGGCAACGCUUACUCAGUGGAACGGACCGUUUAGGUGAAUCAAGUCGACGGUUAGAACAAAGUCAUCGUAUGGCAUUGGAAACUGAAGGCAUUGGUGCCAGUAUAUUAUCUACUUUGAAAGGUCAAAGAGAAACUAUGACACGGGCAAGAGAUACACUUGCAGAGGCCGAUACUCAUAUUGAUAAAGCAACUCGGACCCUCAAGACAAUGGCUCGUCGGUAAAGAACGUUAAAAAUCAUCAAUCGCAAGUAAUGAAAUAGAUAUUCACUAACGCAUCUCGUCUAUUAUACUACAAUUCAAUUUAUAGUAUGGCCACAAACAAAGUGAUCACGGGUGCAAUCAUUCUUAUUCUCGUAGUAUUGAUUGUUUUUAUUAUUUAUUCGAAAUUAUUCUAAUCUUUUAUUCUAUCUGUAUUGUUUUUAUUCAAUAAUAAACUAUAAUCUGACGUUUCAUCAUUUACA